AUGAAGACUACCUUUAUUUUUCUUGUCAUGGCGGCGGCAUCGGCAGCGGCCCUUCCGGUAGCUUCCGUCGUCUCCGAGCAGUCCGACUCACUUGUUCUUCGCGACGGUACGACGGCUUUUGAUCCUGACUUGGAGUUCAAAGCCAAGCGUGAUGCCGCACAGCCGAAGUCCUCUGUCACGAUCGACAGGCUGCAGCGUCGCAAUCACAUGCAGCAGGAGUGCGGAAAAGGCCAACGAAAGUCAACGGGCCCGCGGCGGCUAGUGUUCAAGGGUAUUUUCUGGAUUUCCCGCAGAGGCUGUGACUCCACGCUGCCGCCGUCUCAACACUCACCUAUCCGUAUCGCCAUCUCCGGAGGUGGUCUCGCUGGCGCUACCCUUGUCCACGCACUCAUUCAAUAUGCGCACCUGGACGUCCAUAUCUUCGAGUCAGCCGAAGCCUUCAAGGAAGCCGGCGCGGCCGUAGGCAUCGCCCGAAAUGCUCUCUCGGCCCUGGACCUCAUCGGCCCCUCGGCGACUGCAAGCCUCCAGCGGGCGGGCGCUGUGCCUCAGAAGGGCGUGCGCUUCAUGCUGGCUCAAGGCCCCGACGCCGGGGACGAGGGCGUCAUGAUCGACGAGAUCGAUGCCGAGGUCCACCAAAAACAGGUCGUGAGCAUCGUGCACCGCGCCGCGUUCCUGAAGGAGCUCCUCGCGGACGUGCCGCCGGGCCGGAUGCACGCGUCCAAAAAGCUCGAGAGGGUCGACUACGACAAGAGUGCCGGUGCCGGGGCACCUAUGACGCUGCACUUCGCCAAUGGGUCUACGCACGAGUGUGACGUCCUCAUCGGCGCGGACGGUAUUCAUAGCAUCGUCCGCGGGAUCGUCCUUGGCGACGGUGACUCGGCCGUGCGUCCGCGGAAUUCAGGGUGGUGGGCCAUCAUGGGCCUGAAGCCUUACGCCGCAGCGCAAGAGAGUCUCGGGGAGAGCCUCGUCCACGUGGAGGAUCCGCGACAAUAUGGUUGGACCGGCGAGGGCGCGUAUCUCAUGCAUGACGUGUUGAGCGAUGGGCAGCUCGUACAGCUCAUCGCCUGCGGCAUGGACGAGGAUGCCCGCGGCUCCGACCGGUGGCAGACCACACUCAGCGCGGAUGAGAUCCGCGAGCAGUUCCGGGGUUGGCCGGCACAUCUCAAGAAUGCUGUUGAGAAGCUGCUCUGCAACGAGCCGGAGCAGACGGCGCGGUACCUAUGGGAGCAUCCGCCAGCCCGCACGUACGUCUCCGGCUCCAUCGCUGUGAUGGGCGACGCCGCACACGCCACCACGCCUUGGCAAGGCUCGGGGGCGGGCAUGGCGAUAGAAGACAGCCUGGUUCUGUCUACUCUUCUCGGCCGCGCGGAGACGGCGGCCCAGGCCUCGCUGGCUCUCGUGGUGUACGAUCAGGUCCGCCGGCCACGCACGCAACGUGUUGUCGAGUCGAGCAGAGGAACAGGUAUGAUGCGGACUGGACUAGACAAUGAAGUGGGUCUUGAUCUUCUGAAGUUUCGGCAGAGAUUGCUUUCCAGGUGGGACUUUAUCAUAGAUUUCGAUAACAAGCAGCAUUGCGCGGAAGCAUUGGCAGUCAUGAACAGGCUCCUCGAGGGAAGUCAAUAA